AUGCAAACACUAGAUACUUUCAUCAUUGUUGGUGGUGGUAUCGGUGGUCUUGCCACAGCACUGGCACUUCAAAAGAACGGUGCUCUUUUAUUGGCUUUUCUACUUUAUGCAUGGCAAUUUCCACAUUUUAAUUCUUUAAGUUGGAAUAUUCGACGAGAAUAUGAUCGUGCUGGUUAUAAAAUGAUGUGUGUUUCUCAUGAACGUUUAUGUUUAAUAACAUCACUUCGUUAUUCAAUUAUGAUAUUUCUUUCAUGUUCAUUUGUUGCACCACUUAUUGAUAUGACAACAUGGCUAUUUGCUUUUGAUACAUUACCAGUUAAUUUCUAUUUAAUUUAUCUAUCAUAUAAAUUCUAUCGUAAUCAUGAUGCACAAUCAUCAAGAAAACUUUUUCGUUAUAGUCUGAUACAUUUACCACUGUUAUUUACACUUAUGGUUAUUCAUCGACAAGUUAAAGCCCAAAAUCAUACAACACAAUCUUCAAGAAAUGAAUUAAUACCUGUACCUAUAUAA